CUAACUGAAACCCUAGUAACAACCAUUGAUUUGCAUUGCAUUUAACAGCCUCUUUGUUCGUUGACGUCAUGUUUCCGUCAUCACUGUGAAGCUUCAACCUUCCCUCCUCUCAUCUGUUCUUUCAUCUGCAUCGUAAUGGCUUCGGAAAAGAAGUCUUCGAAUCCAAUGAGGGAAAUCGAAGUCCAAAAGCUCGUCAUCAACAUCUCUGUUGGUGAAAGUGGUGAUCGUCUCACUAGAGCUGCUAAGUAUUGUGAUUUGGUGUUGGAGCAACUAAGCGGACAAAGCCCAGUAUUCUCAAAAGAUCUUUUAGAAUCAGGCGUAAUGAAAAGUUUGCUUGCUAUGUCGCCGUCGGAGGUGAGAAGGCAAUGCAGCUUCUUGAGAGUGGGUUGAAGGUGAAGGAGUAUGAAUUGUUGAGAAGAAACUUCAGUGAAACUGGAU